GUUUGAUUUAAUCUUGAAAAUGUAUUAUAUCUGUUUUUUUAUCUCACAAAAAUUACUAAUGAUAAAAAAUGUAUAAAAACAAACUGCUUCUACAUCAGGUUUUACUUUAAACUUAGUAUUUUAUUAGUAGAUUUUUUCCGUUGACCCUUGAAUUUGAAAAAUGAAUUGCGAAGUAUGUUUCGAAAAGUUUAAAGGUAUAAAAAGUCUAAUCGAACAUGAAUCGACUGAUAAUCAUCAGGAAAACGUCAAGAAACAUCAAAAUACCUUAUCAGGUUUUUCAACUGAAGGUAUCCCUGCUGUUACAGUAACCUCUGAAUCAGUCGCUGUUACUGCUGAAGGUCUCUUAAUUUCUGAUGCUGAAUCAACCCCAGUUAUUACUGAAACUGAUUCUUCAGGAUCAGUCCCAGUUGUUACUGAGGCUAUUUCGGACUCAGCUCAAUCAGUCCAAAUAGCAACUGAAACUUCUCCAAAUGCUGCACUUGCUGAUUCAAAUAUGGUUAGUUUAAAGAUUAACAACUUGUUUUCUUGUGUAGCAUGUUCAAUGGAAUUUUCUAAUCUUUCUAAUGCUAUCCGACACUCAGAAAAUAAGUUGCAUGCCACAAUGGUUUUAGCUACCGGGAUUGGUUUUGAUGAACAAGCUGAUAUUUGUGAAGAUUAUAUUGAUUUACUUCCUAGGUUACACGCCUGCGCUGUAUGCAUUUUUUAUUCCUUUAGUUUGAAGUAUUACUACAUGCACUUAAAAUCUCGUAGUCAUAGGGAAAUAGUGCAGAAAAUAAACAACUUUUUUCAGUUAGAGGUGGAAAAUGCGGCCAAUGUUUGCUUCAAUGAACAAACGCCUAAAAAUGGUUCAAAGAUCCCUUUACAGCAUUAUUGUAAGUUUUGUAAUAUUCAAUAUAAAGAUAAUAAAGGUUACCGGCGCCAUAUCAAGGAUCAGAAGCAUAAAAAAUUUUUACUGCUUAUGAAGAAAGUAGCCCAAAGAAAAAAAGAAAUUUUUGACGUAAGUUUCAGUGUAAAAGAUUCCGAAAAUUCGAGCAAUUCGCAAUAUUACUGUGAACUGUGUAAUAUUUCGGUUUACUCCAACCAAUAUGAAAAACAUUUGAUAUGGAAGACUCACAGAAGAGUUGAGCAAUAUAUAAAUGCAUUGUUCUUAGAACACGCUGAAGAAAUCGAUAUUUUUGAAGAUUUAAAUGAUUUUGAUUUCCACCCGGUUGGUUGCUGUUUUUACCAUUGUGAGCUAUGUGACACGUGGUGUUUGGGUUCUAAAUGUUAUGGAAAUCAUUUGAAUGGAAGGAAGCAUUGCAGAAAGACCGGACAAAAACCAAUUGCCGCUGAUUCUAAGUUAGUCGAUAAUAUCAAGGAUUCAUCUUCUUCACCACAUCGUUGUGAAGUAUGCAAUAUUCAAUACGCAUCUUCGAAAUGUUACGAAAUACACUUGAGGAGCAAGGUUCAUAUUAGAAUUGAACAAAUAUUGAGUGAACUAUCUAAAAUAAAAGAUGAAUUCGGCUCCAGUUCUGAAGCUCACGACAAUCCGCCAUUUGAGCCUAGUUUUGAAACACACGACAAUCCCCUUCUUGGACCCAGUUUUGAAACACACGAUGAUACUGGUAAAUCCUUGCAGUUGUCCUAUUUUUGCAAAUUAUGUGAUGUUCGAUGUACUUGUUCAAAAAGCUAUGAUUCGCACUUGAAGGGUAAAACUCAUAACAAAAUUAAAAGGAUUAUGAGCACAUUAUCCAUCGAAACUGGAUAAAAUGUUUUGACUAACUUUAACUAUAAGAAAGUGAAUUAACAUUUCCUGUCCUUCUCUUAUACUCUUUUGAUACCUUUCGGAAAUUCCAGAGCAAAAAUUUCAAAUAUAACUUAAAUCAAGAAAUAACAGAUUGUGUUGUGGUACAGUUUAGUUUUUAAACUAACUUUCGCUUUCGUUGAAGUCAUUUUCAUCGAUCGUGAGGCAAUUUUGAUUGCAAAAGUUAAAUACAUAAAGAAAUUGGGACAAUGUAUUGAAAGGCUAUCCUUUAUUCCAAAAGUUACAAUUUUAAUUUCAAACUAAUUCUCAGUAUCUACCUAUCUAGGCAUACUUUACAUAUUUCAUGCAGAUCGCGUAAAUACAUGUUUUUUAAAUCCCUACGAUCUAGAAAAAAUCUCAAACUCAGUCGUAGCGAAACUGUUACGUUUCUACUAUGCAAAACUAAAAAAUAAAACUCAUUCGUUAUUACUACAAAAAAUAAAAAUCAAUACCUAUUUAGAACUACAAUUUUUCGCUUUAAAAAAAUUUUAAACUGAAAUUUCAGCUACAAUGACAAGGUUGCACCAGCUUAGAUUAGAUAUCCUAUAUCCCUUAAUUUUAAUUUACUCGUAUAACAGUCGAAUUAUUAUUAUUUGGAAAAUUGGCCCACAUGCACUCUGUUAACAAGUUUCUGGAAUUUCCGCGUGAUAAAAAUACAAUACACAAAAUCAUGGUAUUACUUUCAAGGAAAUUGGUUUGUUUUUCAACAAAAACUCGCUUAAAAAUGCCCUGUGCGUUGUUAAAAAUGUGUCUUAUUGUCCUUAGCUGUUCAUUUCCAUGAAUAACAAGACUGACACUGUUUUUUAAAAAAAUUUAGUACGACAGAAACAAAUUGAAUAUCAAGAUAUAUGCAAGCAACUUUCAUAAUUUUAUGGAAAACUCAGUUUAUAGAAAUUUCACUUAUUUAUUAAGACUUUAAAUAAAUUUUGAUCUAAUUCAACUUUGAAAUGUACCACGAUCUUAAGUACCAAAUGUCUCUCUGAUCAUAUGUUGAAUACAUUUUUUCACUUAUAUGUAGUUUGCAAUGAGUAAUAAAAGCGUUUUUUGUUCUCUUUAA